AUGCCAGUUGCGCACCCUGUCUACGCUCUAGCGAACUACAACCUGUCAGGGGGAAAUGCUACUCCCACAGAGUCACUGUCAUCCAACGCGUCAAGGAUUCUGCAGUCAGACAGGUUUACGUCUCAAACUCCCAAUGUCAACCCAACUUCCAACCAGCAAAAUGUAGCUCUGGCAAUUAUCUGCAUUUUCCCAAUAAUGUCGUUUUUUCUGGUCAGCCUAAGGGUAUACAGCCGGACCAGAGCGCGGCAGAUAUGGAUCGAUGAUAUACUUAUCGGGUUGGCAAUGCUUCUGAUGAUACCAAUGACGGCUGGUAGCUACAUGUUCGCCAAAACCAGCUUUCUGGGAAUCCACCUCCGCGACGUUCCCCUCGACCAGCUCGACCUCUCCAGAGCCGGCCGGUGGAACUACAUAGUGCAGGUCUUCUACCACCCGAUCCUCCCACUCUGCAAGUCCGCCGUGCUCAUGUUUCUGCUGCGUCUGGGCGGACACCGACGGCCUGUCAGGUGGGCCAUCCACGCCACCAACUCGUUGAACCUCGCCGCCAUGGCCGCCACCACCCUCACGGCAAUGCUGCAGUGCAGCCCCGUGCGGACCAACUGGGCCUUUUCCGCCUCGAACGGGGCUUGCAAUGAGCAGUUUGAGUUUUACAUUGCCGGCGCCGGGAUCGCCAUCUUUACGGAUGUGUUGGUGCUCGCACUGCCAUUUUGCAUCUUUUUGCACUUGAGGAUCUCGAGACACAUGAAGACGGCCGUGUUGGGAGUGUUUCUACUGGGUUCAGUUGUCACGUUCGUCAGCAUCGGCCGCCUCUGGUACUUUUGCACCCUCUACAACAUGUCCAUGUACCCAAUCCCCCGCGACGCCGACCUCACCUACCCCAUCACCUUUGUCGUCUCCAACGUCGAGGCGAACCUGGCCAUCAUCUGCGCCUGCGUGCCUGCGCUGCGUGGCCUCGCGCGGUCCUGGUGGCCGCGCCUAUUUCGUGGCUCCGCAGAGGUCGUCGUCGUCGUCGCCAGGGAUGGCAACGCGGUACAUCCCAGCCCCGGGGUUAGGAAGACGACACUGGACACUGCGUGGUCGGUUCUGACUGCUUCGAAUACCACCCGGGGGGACACUGGGUCGCUGGUAGGGGAUGAUGAAAAGAUUGACGAGGCGCGGGAUGUGGGUUCCAACACCUCCGACGCCGCCACUUGCUCGCGGGCGGUGCAGGCUGAGCUGCGUGCCAUCGGCAGCGUGGCGAGCACUGUGGGUGUGUGUUAUAGUGCGAAUAACACGAGCGAGGUUUCGAUCUCUGGGCCCGCCGAGAGGAAGGCUGCAGAGGGUUUUAGGGGUGGGGCAGAUGUAGGGAUGCAUCCGCUCGAGGGGUCAAUAUUGUGCACGACAAACAUUACUGUCCAGUAUGAACCGGUUGUUUCCAAACGAGCAGGACGGUUGUUUUGA